AUGAGAGAGCGAAAUCAGAUUAGACAGCCCGGUUACAAACAGUCAGUUGAGUUUAAAAUAUUUAAACAUUGUUGCACGCGUCGACAUCAUUUAAUUACACAUGAAAGUAACAGUUUCUCCUCUGAAAUAUCCAUGAGGGAUGCGGUCUUAUUUUAUCACUCCUAAAGCAGUGAAGUACUGCUACUUUUGUGGUCAUAUUGUAGCCAACGUUUACUACUAGUCUUCCAGCCUACUAGGGAAGUUGGGGUUGCUGUCGUUGUCUGUUUUGUUUUAAAGUGACAGGAAAGACAGCACGCUGCAAAACAUUCAGCCCGGAUCGAAUCGACGCGAUGAUUCCUGAAUGUCCCCGGAGCCGAGAGACAAGGAGCCGAACGCGGUGCCACUAUGGCCAGGUAGCCGAACCAAACCAGAACUGUUUUGGGCUACUUUCCGAGAUCAAAACUCUUAUCAAGAAUGAACCAUUCACUGACCACUACACUAUCAUUCCGGGCAAAGAACUUGGCAGGGGGAAGUUUGCCGUGGUGAGGAAGUGUGUGGAGAAGUGCACGGGGCAGGAGUACGCCGCCAAGUUCAUGAGGAAGAGGAGGAAGGGCCAGGACUGCAGGCUGGAGAUCAUCCACGAGGUGGCCGUUCUGGAGCUCGCCACGGCCAGCCAGCGGGUGGUGAACCUGCACCAGGUCUACGAGAUGGCCUCCGAGAUGGUGCUCGUCCUCCAGUUUGCGGCCGGAGGGGAGAUCUUUAACCAGUGUGUAGCGGAGAGGGACGAGGCCUUCAAAGAGGAGGACGUUAAGAGGCUGUUGAGACAGAUCCUAGAGGGAGUCUCCUUCCUCCACAGGAACAACGUGGUGCACCUGGACAUCAAGCCCCAGAACAUUCUGUUGACCUGCGAUGCUCCUCUGGGGGACAUCAAGAUUGUGGACUUUGGUCUAUCUAGGAUGGUGAGCAGCAGUCAGGAGCUCAGAGAGAUCAUGGGGACCCCGGAGUAUGUGGCUCCAGAAAUCCUUAAUUACGAACCAAUUAGCACAGCAACAGACAUGUGGAGUAUUGGGGUGCUGACCUACGUGAUGCUGACAGGUACCUCUCCCUUCCUGGGGGAGGACAAGCAGGAGACCUUCCUCAACAUCUCCCAGAACAACAUCAGUUACCAGGAGGACGAGCUGGAGCAUGUAGACCAGGCCGCCAUCGCCUUCAUCAAGCUCCUGCUCGUCAAAGAGCCCCAGAACCGUGCCACGGCAGAAGAGUGCCUGCAGCACCAGUGGCUCCAGCCAAAAGAGAAAAGAGAAGCAGAGGUGACAGUAGAGGUGAAAGAGACUAUAAGCCCCACCAAGUGCACCUCUGAGCCAGCCAGCCCCAAGAGCCCCAUCAGGGAGGAGGAGGAAGGCCCCGGAACUGAGGAGCUGAUCAUGAUGGCGGCCUACACACUGGGCCAGUGCCGCCAGUCAACAGACAAGGAGGUCAUGACCCCCGACCAGAAGGCCAUCUCCAAACGCUUCAAGUUCGAAGAGCCCUUCAGCACCCUCCAAGAGGUUCCUGGAGAAUUCAUCUACUGAAGGACUCACACACACACACACACAUCUCAUCCUCUACACUAGGUGGUCCUGGAGAGCUAGUGGUGGUGUUGGGUCUACCUUCUGCCUUUCACUGACACACCAGAUAAUUGAGAUCGUCACGGCCCUGAUUAGUUGCUUAGUAGAAUCAGGUGCAUUAGUGAUGGGUUGGAGCCAAAGCCUGCACCAACCAGUAGCUCGCAAAGAACCUGGGUGGAAAAACUCCUGCUCUUACAUCUAGGGAAAAGCAGUUAAAAACAUUGCACUUACAAACCACAAGAAACAUCUCACACUUUUCUAACCCACCUCACGGUCUGAAUUCGUAAACCAAACUGUUUUUUUUGUCCCUUUUUCAUAUACAUCCUGACGUUUCUCUAGACUAAGCCUUGUUGUGACGUAACUCCAGACUGAGCCUUGUUGUGACGUUAUUCCAGACUAAGCCUGGUUGUGACGUUAUUCCAGACUAAGCCUUGUUGUGACGUUAUUCCAGACUAAGCCUUGUUGUGACGUUACUCCAGACUAAGCCUUGUUGUGACGUUAUUCCAGACUAAGCCUUGUUGUGACGUUAUUCCAGACUAAGCCUUGUUGUGACGUUACUCCAAACUAAGCCUUGUUGUAAUGUUACUCCAGACUAAGCCUUGUUUUGAAGUUACUCUAGACUAAGCCUUGUUGUGACGUUACUCCAGACUAAGCCUUGUUUUGAAGUUACUCCAGACUAAGCAUUGUUGUGACGUUUCUCCAGACUAAGCCUUGUUGUGACGUUACUCCAAACUAAGCCUUGUUGUAAUGUUACUCCAGACUAAGCCUUGUUUUGAAGUUACUCUAGACUAAGCCUUGUUGUGACGUUUCUCCAGACUAAGCCUUGUUGUGACGUUUCUCAGACUAAGCCUUGUUGUGACGUUUCUCCAGACUAAGCCUUGUUGUGACGU